AGGAAACUACAGUUCCUGAUGGGAAUUGCCAUAUGUGUACUAAAAUUAUCAUAUUUAAUAAGUCAAAAAUAAUUUCCUUAUUUAGCUUAAACAUUAUUAUAGAAAUCUUAUUUCUAAUCGUGAAUGCGAAGAUGGAAAAUCAAAGAGCCGAAAGUCCGACUGCUCACUAUCAUGAAGGACCUGAAGACGUGGUGGAAUAUGUUAAAGAGAAAGCAAAAUCUGGCAACCCUGACGACAUACUGAGAGUCACUGAUGAAUACGGAUGGAAUGUGAGAGGAAUAAUGAACGUUGGUGACGUAAAAGGGAAAAUACUCGACGAAAUAUUCCAGAAAGCCGACCCAACAAUCGUCCUAGAGUUAGGAUCAUUCAUUGGAUACAGUGCCGUAAGAAUGGCAAGGUUAUUGAAGCCAGGCGGGAAGUUUUACUCGAUCGAAAUUAAUCCUCUUCGUGCUAAGUUGACAGAGGAAUUGGUAGAAUUCGCUGGACUUUCAGAUAAGGUAACCGUUUUUGUCGGCCCAACAGAAGAAGUAAUACCGACACUAAAAUCGAAACACAACAUCGAACAUCUAGACUUCGUUUUUAUUGACCAUCAUAAACCUUUGUACAAACGAGACUUGAUUAAACUGGUUGAAACCGGAUUGCUCCGGAAAGGAUCGGUUGUUGUCGCCGACAAUAUGCUUUAUCCAGGAAACCCAGAGUACAUGAAAUUUAUUCAAAAUCAUCCAAAAUUCGAAAGCCAAUUUUUCGAAUCUCAAUUAGAAUAUUCGACUGAAGUAGCCGACGGGAUGAUGAAGUCCGUAUACCUGGGAUGAAUUAGCACGUUGCCAUGACAACAUAGAGCUAUGCAUGACUGAUUUGGUCAACCUACCGAAUACGCCAUUUUGUGCCUAUACGUCGUAUUGUUGUUAUUGUUAUUUAUGUUGUUAGUACAAACAACCGCCUUCUACCUUGGCUAUCAGACUAGCCGAUUUCAAGUUAUAAAGAUGGAAGGGGUUGCUUGAAAACUACUGCUUUUAAUAUUAUUUAUUAUUCAUCUCUGAUUACCGUCAAAAAACAGUGAAAACCAUCGAUAUUUUGCUGCUCUUUUUAUCAUUUUAUGG